AUGGGCAACACGCCGUCGGCCCUGGAGGACCGCGCUGCGCGUGCCAAGCCGACCCGGCGCCGCACAUCGUCCGGCAGGAGGGAAAAGCGUAGUUCCUCUGGUCUCUCGAACCCCAAGGAAAACUCGAGCGAUACGCGCGACUCGUCGCCCGAGGCCGUCGUGACCGUGCAUCGGCCCGGCCAUUUGUACUCGCACAGCAUCAAUCUGCCGUCGGGCUCGGCGGGAGCACAAGAAUCGACCGAAAAUGUGAGCCCUACGCACUCCCGGCACCACCACCACAACACAUGGGACUAUGCGGAGCGUCCCGGCGUCGUGCUGGCCGGCGCGUCGUACACGCGGGCAGCCGGGAGCGAUAUGAGCCUGGUGGAUCCCGCGUCGGACCGCGACGACUCCAGCGCGCAGUACAGUGACAGUGUUCACGGCAGCAUCACGUCGGAUAGCGAGGCAGAGCAUGUUUCCGACAAUGACCAGAGCCACGUCCCCAACUACACCCAGCGGGCCCAAUUCCGCUUCCCCCGCAUCCAGACCGACACGGAGGGGAUCGAUGUAGAGCCGGCGAUGAAGACGCCGCGUGCGUCCGCGCCGGAUAUGCCGCUGACGCCGCGCAUGAGCGGCUCGGAGCUGCAAGAGGAAUUGGACUCGCAGCGCACGCCGCAGCAGCGCAACGAAGGGUUCGGAUCGCGUAUUAAUAUCCCCCACCGCGCCUCGCUGAUCAUUGGCGACGACACGCUGACGGCGAUGCCGGAGCCUGCGCCAUCCACGGACGAGAUCUCGGCGUCGUCCGACUUUACGCAGACCGAGUCAGAGAACAGCCAGUACGGCAAGCGGCGCUUGCGCGCCUUCCCGUCGUACCUCAAGAUCCCGACGGCGAUCCCGCGCUCGUACACCUCCUCGACGAAUAUCCCGGCGGCGACCGAGCAGCAGCCGGUCGGGACGCCCAACUCGCUCGAUAUCCUGAAUAUGCCCAUGUACAGCGGCACGACGACCGGGAGUAGCGACGUGCACGUCGAGCAGCCUACCGCCGAUGCGCCAGUCAUUCCGAUCCGCCUGACGCGCACGCAUACCGCGCCGCAGCUCGUCACGCGCGUCCCGCUCGAGGCAGAGGCCAAGGCCGGCUCCGACACCGAGGCGCCCGCUGCGCCCGAGAAGGUGCUCCAGCGCGAAAUGGCGCCGGUCGAGACCGAGGCGGCAAAGGAGUCGACAGACGACGCGCCGCUCCUUACGCCGGUGAACAUCAUGUGGCGGGGCAAGGGCAAGAAGGUGUACGUGACCGGCACCUUUGCCGACGAGUGGCGCAGCAAGAUUCCUCUGCGGCAGCUGCGGCCGAAUACGCCGUUCCUCUGCACGCUCUACCUUCCCCCAGGCACGCACCGUCUCAAGUUUGUGGUUGACGACCGCUGGCGGAUCUCGAACGAACUGAAUACGGCGUCCGAUGGCGACGGUACCUUGGUCAACUAUGUCGAGAUUCCCAACUCGCGCGAGGGGUACCAGGACACGGCGCUCGCGCCGCAUGCCAAGACGGACAAUACGGACUUGAAGCCCGCCGACGACCCACGCUUUGCCGACCCUGCGUGGGCGAGCGCUAUGGACGAUCUGCGCAAGCAGCAGCGUGCGUAUGCCGAGCACCAGCGAGGCGGCGAAUGGGACGUUCUGGGCGACGAUAUACCUGGCGCAGAAGUCGCGCACUGGACGUCGGAGGUGCCGCCUGCCGUGGAAGUCGCCCAGGAGACCGAGGAAGCUUUGCACGAUAAUGAGAUGGCGGCCGACGCACCGGCGCUCCUUCCCACGCCCCCCAUCCUGCCCCGCCAGCUGGAAAAAGUGAUCCUCAACUCGUCGCCUGCGAAUGCGAUGGGCGGCAUUAAUACGGCGGCGGCGCUUGUCGACGACAACAGCGUGCUUCCCGCGCCGAACCACGCCGUGCUCCAUCACCUGGCCGCGAGCGCGAUCAAGAACGGGGUGCUGGCCAUUGGCACCGUGACACGCUACAAACGCAAGUACGUAACGACGCUGCUCUAUCGGCCAGUCUAG